UCCAUGUGCCUCAUUGUCUUUUAAUUUGACUGCUCACAAUAAUGCAUUACUUCUGGAUAUGGAAGAGUUAAAAGUAUGCCUCUCCACUAACAUUAAGAUCGAGGAAAGAGAAGAGAAAGGAGAAGUAUGUAAUGUAACAUAUUUUGAAACUGGGCAGAAGGAUACUUUGGAUUAUUCAGUCAUCAAAUAUAGCUUUGAGUUUAGAUACUUGGGAAGGACUAAGUUGGUAGAGCACAAGGUCUGGGAUGGCUUCUCUCAAUUUAGGACUUUGAAACCUGACAACUGUAAAAGCAAUGAAAGCCACUUGUCCAGUGUUUUCAGACUAGAAAUAGAGGGAAUAAUUCAAAAGAAAGAAUACUUGGGUCAAAAAAGGCUUUUGACGCUGAAAGUAGAGGUGAUUGUGACUUCUAAGUUCUCAAGGCAUUUACUUCCUAAACAGUUGAUGCCAUAUGAGUUCCUCACGAAGAAUGGAGAGAAAAAUGAAAAUACGUCAGAAAAAUCAUGCAAAGCAGCAGAGUCUUAUGAAGAUUUUCCAUUCUUCCACCACAAAUUAAUUUGGCUAGUAUUACAGUUUCUAAUAGCUGUAAUUGUCAAAAUCAUCAUUGGAUAUUUUUCCUUAAUGACGCAUUCAAUGCUACAUGCAUUAGUACCUAUCGUUUUGAUGGUCUCCAGGUCAUAUGGAGAGCUGUGUAUACCAGAGGCUACACUUGAAGUUGGAAAUAUUACUCCUCUCAAACCUUGUGAAACGUGUGAUUUCCACAAACUCAACUGCCAAGGCAAUAAUAUAUCCGCGUGCUUGAAAAUUUUCCCCACUACACAGUUUGCAGUAGGAUGUGCUCCAAAUAUCUGCAUAAAUGAUGGAUGCCCUGAGUGGAAUGGGGGAAAUGGAUCAUACAAAAUUCAGUACAGAAAUGGAGAGUGCAAUUCCACUUGCCAAGGGCAUUUAAGUCUAGCUGAGUGGAUAAAAAACUGCACCAUAUCACAGCCACCCUCAAUAGGAGACAGCUGCUUUAUAACAACAACUGGAGAAAAUGGAUCUGAUAAUGGUGCAAUAAUGAUUGCUAGUUUCUCAGUAGUUGCAGUAGGAGUAGUAGUAAUAGUAGUACUUGUGAUCCUUUGGAAAAAGAAUGCAUUGUGCUUCAAAAAUAUAGGACACAGUAAGAAAAAUGAACCAGAAGGUGAACGACUUCGAGAUAUAUAGAAAGUAGAUGGUCUGAUUAAUAUAUGCUGUUCAUGCAAAAGAACUUACGAGAUGUAGUCUGGUACCAAAUAUUUCCAAGUUCUGAACUAUCUGUUGUAUCAUGACGAAGUUAGAUGAAUUUCUGAAUCAACAACAUAUUUUUAUGAUGGAAAAAUAGUAAACACAUAAGACAUGUAUCUUUCAUUUUUUU